GCCCAAUCUGUAAAUACGACGCGCUUAGCACGUGACUGCCCCUGAAAAAAAAUCCAGACAACUGCUCAAACUACAAAUCAAUCACCGAAAAUGGUUUCUUUCCGCUUCUUAUUCUUGUUUUCUCAGCCCCCAAAGCUGCCGAUCUCCGCGGCCUCCAAUGCCUCCCGCCGCCCCUUCUCCGUUGGAUGCUCGAUCGCCAUCGCUACUACGGUAGUUACCGCCGCCGGUGGUGGCAUCGCCAUUUCCCGGAACCCGAACAACCCAUUUCUUCAAGAUGCUCUAAAUUUCUUGACAUCCAAUUUCUCACCCAAAAAUAACUUCACUCCCCUGUGGGGUUCCAUCUCUCUCGCUGAUAACUCGGCUCCGGUCACUGAAUCAAGAACUGGAAUGUCUUUUCCUGCCGUUCUGAAGGAUUCUCAACAGCUCCUUGGAAUUGGGUUAAGGAGAAAAGCUAUCUUAGGGUUGAAAAACAUCGAUGUCUAUGCCUAUGGUGUAUAUGCCGAUGAUGGUGAUGUAAAGAAGUUUCUUGGUGAGAAAUAUGGAGCACUUUCUACUACUGAAUUGAAGGGAAACAAACAGUUAGACAAGGAUCUCAUGGAAAGUGAUGUACGCAUGACUGUUAGGCUUCAAAUAGUUUAUGGAAAAUUGAGCAUUCGUUCCGUGAGGAAUGCUUUCGAGGAGUCUAUUGGUAGCAGAUUAAAGAAGUUCGGGACAGAGGACAAGGAGUUGCUCCAAAAAUUCACUUCCCAGUUCAAAGACGAGUACAAAUUACCUCGGGGAUCCAUAAUUGAUUUGUCAAGGGAGCAGGGUUAUGUUCUUCGCACUACAAUUGAUGGAGUGGAGGUCGGAAGUAUAGAGAGCAAACUCUUGUGUCGGUCAAUCCUAGAUCUAUACAUCGGUAAUGAACCAUUUGAUCGGAAAGCAAAAGAAGACGUUGAGCUCAACUUGGCUUCUCUCCUUGGAAAGUAGCUACAACAAUGAAUAAACCUUGUCCUUUUGCAUAAGAUACACAAGGCAUUAUGCUAUAUCUAAUCAUCGCGGAAGUUAAAGUAGUGAUUAAGAGUUAUUUCAUGCAGAUGCAACUUUCCUUUGCGUGUGAAUAUUCAUAAAUUUGUUAUAUUUGGAAGCCAUUGAUUUAGCAGAAUUACACAAA